UCUUAUCUGCACAUGUACACUGCUGAUUGUGUACUUGCAGGACAAUAUCUGUUUCUUCUGUAACUACAUCCAUGGAGUGGUUCUUAUAUUUCUGGAUCUCUUUAUCUGGGAAUAUCUUCCGGGAACUGAAUGGGUGCAAAUAUUACAUCACUUUUAAUAUGUUCCUCAGACAUGUGUGCCUAGUUCUGUCAGUUGCCUGCCUCGCUCUGGCCGAUGACAAGUUUGGCCAUCAUCAUCCACAUGGUGGCAUUGUGCAGUGCCUGCCAAAUAUGUGUGAUGAGCCCUGCCCCACUUUACCAUCCUACUGUCCCUCAGGAGUCAUCAAGAACUGUGGCUGUUGUGAUGUAUGCUGGAUAUACUUGAAGGAGGGAGAAAUCUGCCGCAAAUUCAUUCCUGAAAACACAAUGUGUAGUCCAGGCUUGGAGUGUGGUUCUCAAGGUGUGUGUGUGCCGAUGGCUGAACAAAAUGUGGAAGAUGCUGAAGAUAGCUCAGACUGCACAGACAGCUCUGAGUAAGACUGUGCACACAAGAAAAGUGAUGUUGUACUUGCACUCAACUCCUAUAAGAUUUAAUGCAUUUGAGGAAGAUGAAACUCGUUGUAAUCCUGGAAAUAAACAAUUAGAAGUACUGCA